CUCCCCUCCCAUGUAUUUCCUCCUCUCUUACCACUAGUUUACCUUCACUUGUUCAGUCUUCGCUGUGAGAGGAGGAGGAGGAUGGUCUAUGAUUGGCCAGGCAGGGACUGGUAGUCGGGAGGUUGGCACUGUGUUCCGUGUCCAUCCCCGUGUUCUUGUUUACACCUUGCGGACUGGAACGAGACAAGACACCCACAGGGACCCACAGAGUCCAGGAGUCCAGCCGAAAGAGUGGGCGGCAAUCUGACUGCGUGUUCCCCUGCUACUUAUUUUGUAUGGGAACACAUUAAGUUUUGUUUUGUUGAGAAUCGGACUCUUCAUCCAGAGCGAUCAUGCGUCAAACUUUUUGGUGACUUUUGCGCUUGUGGUUCGGAGUCAGGUUUUUAUACAAGAGGAUCUGGAAAUGAAACUUGGAGUACUCCAUACAGAUUAUUCCUUUAUAUUCACAGGGUGUGAUAGCCGCGGACCACUUCAGCCUUAGAUUACGGAAGAAAAUUACAUCCUCUCAGUCUCAGAUGUUUUCCAGCUGCUUGAUGGAUGUGUUGUGAGUGUUGCAGCCUGUUUGCGUCAAGAGUCAACUAUUUCCCCCCAAACCUCAUUCAAUAACAGUUACUGGACUCACUGGCAUCCCCCUGUUUUCUGAGAUUUUUUAUUCAGUGGGGACUUUGCAGAAGAAGCUCUUGGUGUCUGAAAAACACCUUAAGUUACGCUGUCUGCACAACCCGGAACGUUUCUCAACGGCAUAGCCGGAAAAGAUGCUCUCUGUUCGCAUGCAGCGCGACCAAGGUCUGGGUCCUGUGGUUCUUCUCCUCCUGGUUGGGGGGUUCGUCGUGUCUGCCACGGAGAGCAGUGACUACAGUGAGACCGAGACCCUCCCUGAUUCAUAUCCAUCAGCGCCAGCGGAGCCUCUACCAGAAUUCCUGCUUGAGCCGGAAGACGCUUUUAUUGUGAAAAACCGGCCGGUCCAGUUACGCUGCCGAGCGUCACCAGCGACACAGAUCUACUUCAAAUGUAAUGGAGAAUGGGUCAAUCAAAACGAUCAUAUUACAAGAGAGAGCUUGGACCAGAUCACAGGUUUGGUGAUUAGGGAGGUGGACAUUUCAGUGUCAAGGACGCAGGUGGAGGAGUUGUUUGGGCUGGAGGACUACUGGUGUCAGUGUGUGGCAUGGAGCUCAGCUGGCACCACUAAGAGCAACCGGGCCUACGUUCGCAUUGCAUAUCUGAGGAAGAACUUCGAGCAGGAGCCACUGGGCCGAGAGGUGCGACUAGAGCAAGAAGUGCUGCUGCAGUGUCGCCCCCCAGAGGGCAUGCCGGCUGCUGAGGUGGACUGGUUGAAGAAUGAAGAUGUCAUUGACCCAUCACAGGACUCCAACUUCUUGAUCACCAUUGACCAUGAUCUAAUAAUCAAACAGGCCAGGCUGUCAGAUACUGCUAACUACACCUGUGUGGCUCGUAAUGUGGUGGCCAAAAGACGUAGCAGUACCGCUACUCUCAUCGUUUAUGUGAGUGGAGGUUGGUCUUCUUGGACUGAAUGGUCCGACUGUAAUGCUCGAUGUGGGCAAGGCUGGCAGCGACGAACGCGCAGCUGCACUAAUCCUGCACCACUCAAUGGAGGAGCCUUCUGUGAGGGCCCACCCGUUCAGAGAGUGACCUGCACCACACUCUGCCCAGUGGACGGAGGCUGGACAGAGUGGGCAAAGUGGUCAGCCUGUGGGACAGAGUGCACCCACUGGCGCAGCCGUGAGUGUCAGGCUCCCCCACCCAGGAACGGAGGCAAGCACUGCAGCGGCAGCAUGAUGGAGAGCAAAAACUGCACCGAGGGCCUGUGUACACGCAAUAAAAAGAUUUCUAUUGAACAUGCAAGCCAUCCGUUGGCCCCUGGUAUGGGUGUAGCUGUCUAUGCUGGUCUAAUGGGGGCCCUGCUGCUGUGCGUGAUACUGGUACUGUGCGUGGGAGUGCUGGCAUACCGUCGCAGAUGCCGCCAUCUCCACGGAGACAUCACAGAUUCUUCAUCUGCUCUUACUGCUGCCUUCCACCCCGGCAACUACAAACCUCCAAGACAAGAUAACCCUCAUCCACUGCAUCCCUCAGCUCCUCCAGAUCUGACAGCCACAGCAGGAGCUUUCCGUGGGCCUCUGUUUUCCCUGCAGCAGGGAGUCAAUGACAGCCCCCACAAAAUCCCAAUGACAACGUCACCACUGCUGGACCCUCUACCCAGCCUCAAAAUCAAGGUGUAUAACUCGUCUACCCUUUCCUCCCUGGAGCUUCCUGCUGACAUGGGCUCAGGUGACGGGGAGAUCCUCAGCCUAAAGUCAGUGGGUACCGUGGGCAGAGACAGAGAUCACCACAGUCACACUCUGUCCAGAGAGCCAGGCCUGAGUACCAGCGCCACCCUCGGCAAUCUGGGAGGGCGCCUCACCAUCCCCAACACUGGUGUGAGUCUACUGGUCCCCCCUGGCACCAUCCCCCAGGGCAAGUUCUAUGAGAUGUACCUCAUUAUCAACAAGUGGGAUAAAACCACGCUACCGUCUGAGGGCAGUCAGACUGUCCUUAGUCCUGUGGUGAGCUGUGGUCCAUCUGGUAUGCUGCUGAACCGUCCUGUGGUCCUUACAUUGCCGCACUGUGCCCAGUUAGACACACCUACACCUGACUGGACUCUCACACUCAAGACACAGACCCACCAGGGGGCUUGGGAGGAGGUGCUGACAGUAGGCGAGGAGACUUUGUCAUCUCCGUGCUAUCUGCAGCUGGAGGAGGAGAGCUGUCAUGUUCUCAUGGAGCAGCUGGGGACUUAUGGAUUAGUGGGCCAGUCCUGCCCUCCACAACCUGCAUGCAAGCGCCUGCAGCUGGCACUGUUUGCCCCCCGAGCCCCCUGCCUCUCACUGGACUACAGCCUUCGUAUUUACUGUAUCCAUGACACUCCACAUGCACUCAAGGAGGUGCUGGAUUUGGAGAGGAGUCUGGGUGGAGUUUUGCUGGAGGAUCCCAAGCCAUUACUCUUCAAAGACAGCUACCACAACCUCCGGCUGUCCAUCCACGACAUUCCCCACACUCACUGGAGAAGCAAACUACUGGCUAAGUACCAGGAGAUUCCAUUCUAUCACAUUUGGAGUGGCAGUCAGAGACCUCUGCACUGCACCUUCAGCCUGGAGAGAGGCAGCCUGGCCGUGUCGCAGCUCACCUGUAAGAUCUGUGUCCGACAGGUGGAAGGGGAGGGACAGAUAUUUCAGCUACACACGGAUAUCCAGGAGACUCUACCUCCACACUCACCCCUCCCCUCAGGAGGCACCUGCCUGCCUUCUUCUCAAGUGGGACCUUAUGCCUUUCGCUUGCCUGACUCUAUCCGCCAGAAGAUCUGUGCCAGUCUGGAUGCACCCAGCGCCCGUGGUUGUGACUGGAGAUUACUAGCACGAAGCCUAGGAUUUGACAGGUACUUGAACUACUUUGCAACAAAGCCCAGCCCCACAGGUGUUCUACUGGACUUAUGGGAAGCUUGUCACCAAGGUGAUGCAGACCUGGUCUCUCUGGCGACUGCGCUGGAAGAGAUGGGCAAAAGUGAGGUGCUAGUUGUCAUGACAACAGAUGGGGACUGUUGAUUGGUCAAGGAACAAGAGAGCAAGCAAGACAUUUUUUUCACCACCGUGAUGAAAAUAUGGAUAUGAACCUGCCUAUGAAUAUGCACACAAGAACACAAAUCAUAAGCCCACAGAGCAUUUUAGUUUGUUCACUUGUACUGUAUUACCUCUGCCUCAUCUCCAUUUUCACUGGCCCCUGAUCGGCUGCUGUAGCUGCAUAUCCACUAUAACCCAUUCCCAUGUGGGCCGUUCUAUGAUAACUGCUAAAAUGAUUCAGCUUGAGUCCUCCAAAGUAAUGUUGCCUCUGCAACAUGUGACAGUAAUCUAAGAUAUGAAAUAAAAGGCAUCAAAUAGGUGUAAACUCAUCUGUUACAUGUGGCAUUGACUGCCUUCUUUAAAGUUUUCAAAUGCUCACAUUGUUGUGUGUAAAUAACAGUGGCUUGAGACAAAUAAUGUAAUCAGCACAUAAAAAACACAAAAACAAACACACAACGUACUGAUGUUUCAGUAGCAGCAUGGAAGUGCAUGAUUAUACCAUCUUAUCUCCUGGCAGGGGCUUUACAUUCUGACACCAAUUCCUCAAAAUCUCCGUUGUCGCUCUGUGUGUGCAGUGAAUGACAGGCAGCACCAACCUGUCUGCAACCUCCUCAGGCUCCACACACACAAAUAAAGUGGUCAUUAAUUGGCUUUGAAUUAGACAGGCUAGGAUUUCGUCUUCAGCUGCUUCGACUGCUAACAAAUUGUAUGAGGACCCAACCCUCAAGGUUUGAGGGCUUCUUUUUGCUUAAAAAAAGCUGCCUCUUCUUUGUAGUGGGAGGGUGGAUUUUGAAGUUUGUUUCAGAAUUGGCGGAUAACUAGACAGACUGCCUCUUUAUAUUGUACCAACAAAUGCCUCAAAGCCUUGGCAUAUCAUUUUGACUAACAGGGGUGUUCUCUUUCAUCUCUAUUCGCAUUCCUCUAUCGCUCUGCCACACUCCUCCGAUCUCUUGAGAAAAAACUGCAGGAGAGCUUUUUGGUCAUCCCUUAAAAGUUUCCUUUGGGGAACGCUCUUUAAGUUAUUAUCCAUAUUUGUGGAUUUUUGUUUCCAUUUUCGCUGUUACGAUCAUGUAGACUCAUUUUAUCAUUUGUGCUUGUUUAGGCUACUGAGCUGCUUUUAUGGUUUUUAUUUUUGUAGAUCAGGCCAAAUGGGAGAGGUAGAUGAACAGUGGAUAUUUCAGUUGUGGAUAACAAAACCAUGUUUAUUUGUUAUUCUCAGUGUCAAAUAUCUAUUCAAAAUGUAAAAUAUAAUCUGUAAAACAUGAUGAGGUGGUACAAUGUCCAAGCGAAUAUACUGUACACUGUAUUUCAUUGGCAUUUUUGCUUUGUUGUAACUGAGUGCACUCUCUGCUCUUCAGUGAUGAAUUUUGCAGAAUAGAUUUGCCUUGCCUUGAGUCAACCAGGCAGCAAGGGACCAUGAAAUUUACCUCAGAUGACUGCAUUAUGUUUCAGACAACUCUCUGUCCAUCUGUCUGUCUGUCUCCCAAUUUGAUAACUACAUUGUUAACCUUUUUACUAAUGCCACCUGCUUUGUGGUCAGGGACCUCAAGCUGUUUGCAUUAUCACUCUUUUGCUGUCUGUUAUGAUUAGACAGGAAAUGAAAUGUCUGACACUCAAUCACUGCUUUAGAUUUUAUUUUUAAUGCUGUCUUUUUUCCCUCAAAGCAAAAAAAAAAGUGUUCAUAUCUUUAAAAAACCACAAUACCAAAACACAGGCAGUAUCCCUCCUCUUCAGCAGUGAGUCACAUCACUGUUCUGUGUGAAUGAACUAAAGAUUUUAGAGAGAGAAUGUAUGUGUGUGAGUGUGUGUCUGACAGUGAGUGUGUGUGGGCAGGUGAGUGUGCACGUACAGUACAGUAUGGGCACAUACUUAAGAUCUGUCAUUUCUCUUUGUAAGUGCUAUGCAAGUACAAAAGAAAAGCAAAGCAUUUGGCUUCUUUUGUUUCCAGGAAGAGUAAUUCUAUUUUUUCAGAGCAUUGACAGGGUUUUUAUUUUAUACCCUAAAGUGGUUCAAGAAUGGUUAUAGUUUUUUGAUCAUAGUAUGUGUGGAAAUUUUCCACCUGGAUCAGAAGAACUGGAUCGUCAACCAAGGAAGCUACUACUGAAAAAGCACAUGUGGGGGACAAACAAAGUGUGACGCAGAUGUUAUUAUAUAUGUUAUGAUUAACAUCAUGAACACGUGCCCUGCAGUUCUCUGCCAAUGAGGAAUUAUCUGAACAUGACAUGGAUCCCUGAAUACCGCAGGACUAUUAUCUUUCCUCAAAUCUUGUUACAGAGACUGGAUAGCUUAGUCUACAGUGUUUAUUUGUCCAGAUUUCUUGAGUAUGUGUUGGAUCUUUGGCCAUAGCUAUGGAUAAUUUUUGCUGGGACUUGUUCCCAUCAGAGAGGAAAUGUAUCCUUUGUUCAAGAAGUCAGACACUUUUACAAAAAGCAAAAAAAAAACAACAAAAAAUCUAAACAAAGUGGAUUCAGUGACAUUAUUUUAUCUCUGUAAAAUACCAAUUGUAAAUAAAUGUCCAGCCUUCUUACCUGUAACUAAAUAUAAUUUUUAUGCAAUAAAUUAUAUUUCUUAGUUUAA